AUGAAGCUUUGUGGUAUUAGCACAGCUGUAUAUGCAGUUCUCUCGGUGGCACUUCAAUUGAGUCAAGCAGCAACGACUGCCUCUGCCUGUGAUCCCACUACAUGUAAACUGCCAAACUGUCUCUGUCCUUCAUUAUCACCUCCAAAUGGAAUGAAUGCUUCUGAUGUUCCUCAAUUUGUUACCAUUACAUUUGAUGAUUCCAUUCAACCUGAAUUGCUAGCUACUGCAAAAGAUCUCUUGAAUGUCAAGUAA